CUUGUGGGUUUAAUAACUGUGACAAUAAGCUUGUAAUUGAAAUCUAGCGUUAGCACUCCUGCUACAACCAGGCGGUCGAUGUGUUGUUGCUACUGUUAAUAAGUGGCAUUUCCCCUCCCCACACACACUGUUCAGUGGUGGUAUGCGAUUUUAAAUGGUCAAAUGUACAGAGGCACAUCGAGAUAGAGAGCCAAGGAUGUCUCAUUACACAGACGAGCCUCGCUUCACCAUCGAGCAGAUCGACUUGCUCCAGAGGCUGCGGCGUACGGGCAUGACCAAGCAGGAGAUCCUCCACGCCAUGGACACCCUAGAUCGGCUGGACCGCGAGCACGGGGCCAAGUUUGGACAUCGCACCUCCUACGGGGGAGGAGCGAACAGCUCUGUGUCAGACCCUAAUUACACCACCUCCAACAACACUGCAGCUACCACCUCCUCGUCCAGUAUGACUGUUGAUGAUGAUAAUAAUAAUAAUUCCACCAGUGGGAGCAGUGAGGUAAACAACAUCACCCUGGUCGCUUCCUGCACCAACUCUACCGUCGCACAGACACAGUACCUCUCACCGCGCGGGGGGCUGUCCCCGUCGCCUAGCAACAGCUACGACACCUCCCCACUGCCCUCCGCCGUCCGCCACUCCCCAGUGUCACUGGUCACCAUGGCGCAGAACGGGGGACGGGACAGCCUGGCGGCGACGCCCAAUGGGAAGCUCUCGCCGCCGCGGUACCCGGUGAACAGUGCAGCGGCCGCCAGGGCGUUCGGGUUCGAGGCAACUGAGGAGGAGCUGGAAAUCGAUGACAAGGUGGAGGAGCUCAUGAGGAGAGACGGCAGCAUCGUGAAGGAGGAGAUCAAGUCGUUCCUGGGGAACAGGAGAAUCUCUCAGGCUGUGGUGGCCCAGGUCACAGGAAUCAGUCAGAGCAGGAUCUCUCAUUGGUUGCUUCAACACGGCUCUGACCUCAGUGAACAGAAGAAGAGAGCUUUCUACCACUGGUACCAGCUAGAAAAGACCUCCCCAGGUGCCACUCUAAACAUGCGCCCCGCCCCCAUGGCUAUGGAGGAGAUGGAGUGGAGACAGACCACAACCCAUAUAAGUACCGCCCCAGGAAUCUUCCGGCUACGCAGAGGAAGUCGUUUUACCUGGAGGAAAGAAUGUCUGGCUGUGAUGGAGAGCUACUUCAAUGACAACCAGUACCCUGAUGAAGCCAAGAGAGAGGAGAUCUCUAACGCCUGCAACGCUGUCAUCCAGAAACCAGGGAAGAAGCUAUCGGACCUGGAGAGAGUCAGCUCUCUUAAAGUCUACAACUGGUUUGCCAACCGACGCAAGGAGAUCAAGAGACGAGCUAAUAUUGAAGCCACGAUCCUGGAGAGCCAUUGGAUAGACGUCCAGAGUCCUGGAGGACACUCCAACAGUGACGACAUCGAUGGAGGCGACUACACAGAACAGGCCUGUGACCUGCCUUAUUUCGACAAGAGACCCAUGGCCAGGCCCUUUGGCUUCUACAGGCUGGAGCCCACUUCACCCACACAGGACGAUGGUACUGACCACCAGGAUCCCAUCUCUCUGGCUGUGGAGAUGGCUGCAGUCAACCAUACCAUCCUGGCUCUGUCCCGGACCGGAGGGGUGCCCAGCAACAUCAAGACAGAGGUCCCGGACGAUGACUGAAGAGGUGGUUACUACUGGACAGUGACUGGGAGGAAUGAGUGGAGAGGGAAGGGUAAUAGCCAAGAGAGGAUAGGGUGUGUGUGUUUGUGGUUCAAGGAAUGUGAAGAUGACCAAAUGAAGCUAUCAAACUCCAGCCACCCUCCUUCCCCUUGUUCUCAGCCCUUCCACGGGCCCAGUGAACUGUACCCCUCCUUCCCCUUGUUCUCAGCUCCUCCACGGUCCCAGUGAACUGUACCCCUCCUUCCUCUUGUUCUCAGCCCCUCCACGGUCCCAGUGAACUGUACCCCUCCUUCCUCUUGUUCUCAGCCCCUCCACGGUCCCAGUGAACUGUACCCUCCUUCCCCUUGUUCUCAGCCCCUCCACGGUCCCAGUGAACUGUACCCCUCCUUCCUCUUGUUCUCAGCCCCUCCACGGUCCCAGUGAACUGUACCCUCCUUCCCCUUGUUCUCAGCCCCUCCACGGUCCCAGUGAACUGUACCCCUCCUUCCUCUUGUUCUCAGCCCCUCCACGGUCCCAGUGAACUGUACCCUCCUUCCCCUUGUUCUCAGCCCCUCCACGGUCCCAGUGAACUGUACCCUCCUUCACCUUGUUCUCAGCUCCUCCACGGGCCCAGUGAACUGUACCCCUCCUUCCCCUUGUUCUCAGCUCCUCCACAGUCCCAGUGAACUGUACCCUCCUUCCCCUUGUUCUCAGCCCCUCCACGGUCCCAGUGAACUGUACCCUCCUUCCCCUUGUUCUCAGCCCCUCCACGGUCCCAGUGAACUGUACCCCUCCUUUCCCUUGUUCUCAGCCCCUCCACAGUCCCAGUGAACUGUACCCUCCUUCCCCUUGUUCUCAGCCCCUCCACGGUCCCAGUGAACUGUACCCUCCUUCCCCUUGUUCUCAGCCCCUCCACAGUCCCAGUGAACUGUACCCUGUCUUGUCCUCAUCGGAGUCAAACAGUUGAUUGGUGGAUAAUAAAUGGCUGUUUUUCUCUGGACCUCCACCCCGAUAUGGUGACACUGCCCCUGGGGCCCUGGUCAAACCGUCUUCCCACUCCUCCUCUCUGAGCUCAGACCCACAUACCUCAAUCCUGCUGUACUGUAUAUAUGGUAUCUGUUCUCAUCAGAGACAUAGAAUAGAAGUCUGUUCUAGAAUAGAAGUCUGUUCUAGAAUAGAAGUCUGUUCUAGAAUAGAAGUCUGUUCUAGAAUAGAAGUCUGUUCUAGAAUAGAAGUCUGUUCUAGAAUAGAAGUCUGUUCUAGAAUAGAAGUCUGUUAUAGAAUAGAAGUCUGUUAUAGAAUAGAAGUCUGUUCUAGAAUAGAAGUCUGUUCUAGAAUAGAAGUCUGUUCUAGAAUAGAAGUCUGUUCUAGAAUAGAAGUCUGUUCUAGAAUAGAAGUCUGUUCUAGAAUAGAAGUGUUACCAUUUCUAUGGUUCUCAUACUGACUCAUCGUGUGCUGCCCUGAACCCAUUUCCUUGUGCAAUGCAUUGGUAGCGCAUCAGUGGCCUCUUACUAACACUGCUGGAAGAGAGGGAGGGAUGUAGUUCAUCACCCUGCCAAAGAACAGUCAGUUGACUACUCAUCUGUGGAUUGGACUGUUCUGAUUGGACUAGACUAUUUCCGACUGUUCAAUGUAUCCUGCAGUCUACAGCUUUCAUUCCUACUGGAAUCUUAACGUUUGGUUGGUAAAACAUUGACAUUAUGACUUGUCCCAUGUUCGUUGUGCUCUUUCUAAAUGGAAUGGCCACCAGAAAUACAGAAGUCCAUUUCCUGCAGCGGACGGUUAAGUGCAUGUGUCAGAAAGUGAUCUGAAAGCCAGCAGUACCCCCCCCCCACCUCCCAAGGCCAAAUGAGAGACACAGCUAACUUCUGAUCAGUUUAGCCUUGUAGGCCAGUGGAUAUUAAAGGGACAAUCUGUGAUUUGGUCAAUUUAUUUUCUGACUUAAAUAAUGAUAUACACCCAUUGAUUUUUUUUUUUGUUGACAUAAUAUAAUUUCAAACGGACCUGAGAGCAGUGUUACAUAGAUGGUGAAUCUAAUAUUUUUUUAAGGGUUACAUUUGAUCAAAAGUACAUUAACUAACGGCGGGUGAGUUUCCUGGAAGUUUGUCUUUUCGUCCUUUGGACGGCAACGUGUGAAUGAUGACGUCGACAGACGGUACAAAGCUUUGGGGUAACUCGACCUCAUCGAAGGACGUAACAUAUCAUAUGAAAUGGAUGAGCACCACUUCCUAAACUACUGAUCAGGCCCUACACCCAAACAAGGGCACUGCGUUCAUCCACCUCUGGCCUGCUCGCCUCCCUACCACUGAGGAAGUACAGUUCCCGCGCAGCCCAGUCAAAACUGUUCGCUGCUCUGGCCCCCCAAUGGUGGAACAAACUCCCUCACGACGCCAGGACAGCGGAGUCAAUCACCACCUUCCGGAGACACCUGAAACCCCACCUCUUUCAGGAAUACCUAGGAUAGGAUAAAGUAAUCCUUCUCACCCCCCCCCCCCCCCCCCUUAAAAGAUUUAGAUGCACUAUUGUAAAGUGGCUGUUCCACUGGAUGUCUUAAGGUGAACGCACCAAUUUGUAAGUCGCUCUGGAUAAGAGCGUCUGCUAAAUGACUUAAAUGUAAUGUAAAUGUACUGUCUGGAGGGAAAUAAUAAUUUCCCCCCUCAGGGGGCCGCACUGGAAGUAGAUUUCCUCGCUGUCAAAAUUCGCAAAAAGAUAGUCCUCUAACCAUCGUUUCUGGAAUUUGUGAUACUCCCUGACUGUCCAGCUUUAAGUUCAGUGAUUUAAUAGUGAGCUGGACACAGUCAAGGAACUGUGUAAAUGUAGGUCUAUUAGCGUUUGUAUGUGACAGCCCUGCUUUAAGGGGGGAGUGGAUAUCAGCAGACACUCUGCCCCCCGUGGACUGAGACCCCCCUGGUAGACGGUGUAUAUACAGUUCUUUCAGAUCCAUUCAUUUGUCCACAUUUUGUUACAUUGGACUUAUUCUAAAAUGGAUGAAAUUGUUUUUAUUCCCCUCAUCAAUCUACACACAAUAUCCUGUAAUGACAAAGCAAAAAAUAUAUUUUUAUUAACGUUUUGUUUGCAAAUGUAUUACAAAUAAACUCGCAUUUACGUAAGUAUUCAGACCCUUUACUCAGUACUUUGAUGAAGCACCUUUGGUAGCGAUCACAGCCUCUAGACUUCUUGGGUAUGACGCUACAAGCUUGGCACACCUGUAUUUGGGAACUUUCUUCCAUUCUUCUCUGCAGAUCCUCUCAAGACAUUCAGAGACUUGUCCCGAAGCCACUCCUGCAUUGUCUUGGCUGUGUGCUUAGGGUUGUUGCUGCUGCCACCAUCAUGCUUCACCGUAGGGACGGUGCCAGGUUUCCUCCAGACGUGACACUUGGCAUUCAGGCUGAAGACUUCAAUCUUGGUUUCAUCAGACCAGAGAAUCUUGUUUCUCAUGGUCUGAGAGUCUUUAGGUUCCUUUUGGAAAACUCCAGCUGGACUGUCAGGUGCCUUUUACUGAGGAGUGGCUUCCGUCUGGCCACUCUACCAUAAAGGCCUGAUUUGGUGGGGUGCUGCAGAGAUGGUUGUCCUUCUGGAAGGUUCUCCCAUCUCCACAGAGGAACUCUGGAGCUCUGUCAGAGUGACCAUCGGGUUCUUUGUCACCUCCCUGAUCAAGGCCCUUCUUCCCCGAUUGCUCAGUUUGGCCGGCGGCCAGCGCUAAGAAGGGUCUUGGUGGUUCCAAAACUUCUUCCAUUUAAGAAUGAUGGAGGCCACUAUGUUCAUGGAGACCUUCAAUGCUGCAGAAAUAUUUCAGUACCUUCCCCAGAUCUGUGCCUCGACACAAUCCUGUCUCUGAGCUCUACGGACAAUUCCUUCGACCUCAUGGCUUGCUUUUGCUCUGACAUGCACUGUCAACUGUGUGACCUUAUAUAGACAGGUGUGUGCCUUUCCAAAUCAUGUCCAAUCAAUUGAAUUUACCACAGGUGGACUCCAAUCAAGUUGUAGAAACAUCUCAAAGAUGAUCAAUGGAAACAAGAUGAGGUCAAUUUCGAGUCUCGUAGCAAAGGGUCUGAAUACUUAUGUAAAUAAGGUAUGUCUAAACCUGUUGUGAUGUCAUUAUGGGGUUUUGUGAUGUCAUAAUGGGAUUUUGUGAUGUCAUUAUGGGGUUUUGUAAGGAGAGAACUAUUUAAUCCAUUUCAGAAUAAGGCUGUAAUGUAACAAAAUGAGGGAAAAGUCAAGGGGUCUGAAUACUUUCUGAAUGCAAAGUAUCUAUUGGGCAGAGAAGCACGGUGUGUUAGUCUUUCCAUGAAAAUGUAUGGCUAUAGUUUAGACUCCGACAUUGACAGGAAAUAAGUAUUGAUAACAUGUAAAAAUCUCUUUAAAAGUCUCUUUAAAAGUUGUUCAAAGCUCAAGUCAUGUCCAAGUUCCUAUUGUCCUCAACUCUGCUCUCUUUCAAACUACACUGUAUAUACAAAUACUUGAAUACUUUCAGAAGGCACUGUAGACAUAACGUCUCCGUACUUACUCUGUGAUGUACAGGGCCUUCAGAAAGCACUGUAGACACAACGUCUCCGUACUUAAUCUGUGAUGUACAGGACCUUCAGAAAGCACUGUAGACACAACGUCUCCGUAUACUACUUACUCUGUGAUGUACAGGGCCUUCAGAAAGCACUGUAGACACAACGUCUCCGUAUACUACUUACUCUGUGAUGUACAGGGCCUUCAGAAAGCACUGUAGACACAACGUCUCCGUACUUACUCUGUGAUGUACAGGACCUUCAGAAAGCACUGUAGACACAACGUCUCCGUACUUACUCUGUGAUGUACAGGGCCUUCAGAAAGCACUGUAGACACAACGUCUCCGUACUUACUCUGUGAUGUACAGGGCCUUCAGAAAGCACUGUAGACACAACGUCUCCGUACUUACUCUGUGAUGUACAGGGCCUUCAGAAAGCACUGUAGACACAACGUCUCCGUACUUACUCUGUGAUGUACAGGGCCUUCAGAAGGCACUGUAGACACAACGUCUUCGUAUACUACUUACUCUGUGAUGUACAGGACCUUCAGAAAGCACUGUAGACACAACGUCUCCGUAUACUACUUACUCUGUGAUGUACAGGGCCUUCAGAAAGCACUGUAGACACAACGUCUCCGUACUUACUCUGUGAUGUACAGGGCCUUCAGAAAGCACUGUAGACACAACGUCUCCGUACUUACUCUGUGAUGUACAGGGCCUUCAGAAAGUUUUCUGAUCUCUUGACUUAUUCCACAUUUUGUUAAGUUACAGCCUUAUUCAAAAAAAUGUAUGAAAUAUCUUAUUUUUUUCCCAUCCAAUAACGACAAAGUGAAAACAUGUUUUUAUGAAUGUUUGCACAUUUGAUUGAAAAUUAAAUACUGAAAUAUCUAAUUUACAUAAGUAUUCACACCCCUUUAGUCAAUACUUUGUAGAAGCUCCUUUGGAAGUGAUUUCAGCUGUAUAUUUUUUAUUUUACCUUUAUUUAACAUGGCAAGUCAGUUAAGAACAAAUUCUUAUUUUCAAUGACGGCCUAGGACCAGGGGCGGAACGACAUAUUUGUACCUCAGCUCGGGGAUUACAGCUGUGACUUCUGGGUAAGUCGCUAAGAGAUUUCCACACCUGGAUUGUGCAAUAUGGGCACAUUAUUAUAUUCAAAAUUCUUCACGCUCUGUCAAGUUGGUUGUUGAUCAGUGCUAAAACAGCCAUGUUCAGGUCUUGCCAUAGAUUUUCAAAUCAGAUUCAAGUCAAAACUGUUACUCGGGCCACUCGGGAACAUUCGCUGUCUUCUUGACAAGCAACUCUAGUUUAGAUUUGGCCUUGUGUUUUGUUAUUGUCCUGCUGAAAGGUGAAUUAUUCUCCCAGUGUCUGUUGGAAAGCAGACAGAACCAGGUUUUCCUUUAGGAUUUUUGCCUGAGACAUUUUUUGUUUUAUCCUGAAAAACUCCCCAGUGUUCAACGAUUACAAGGAUACCCAUAACAUGAUGUAGACACUACUAUACUUGAAAAUAUGGAGUGUGAUACUCGGUAAUGUGUUGGAUUUGCCCCAAAUCCAACACUUUGUAUUCAGGACAAAAAGUGACUUGCUUUGCCACAUUUUUUUUUGAAGUAUUACUUUAGUGCCUUGUUGCAAACAGGAUAGGAUGUAUGUUUAGGAAUAUUUUUAUUCUGUACAGGCUUCCUCCUUUUCACUCUUUUCAAUUAGGUUAGUAUUGGAGUAACUACGUUGUUGAUUCAUCCUCAGUUUCCUCCUAUCACAGCCAUUCAACUAACAGUUUUAAAGUAGCCAGUGGCGUCAUGGUGAAAUCACUGAGCGAUGUCCUUCCUCUCCGGCAACUGAGUUGGGAAGGAAGCCUGUAUCUUUGUAGUGACUGGGUGUAUUGAUACACCAUCCAAAGUGUAAUUCAUAAUUUCACCAUGCUCAAAGAGAUAUUCAAUGUCUGCUUUUAUUAAUUUGACCAAUCUACCAACGGUUGCCCUUCUUUGCGAGUCACUUGAAAACCUCCCUGGUCUUUGUGGGUUGAAAUUCACUGCUCGACUGAGGGACCUUACAGAUCAUUUGUACGUGUUGGGGUACAGAGAUGACAGACAUCAAACGUCAUAUUUACAGAGUGAGUCCAUGCAGCUGAUGUGACUUAAGCACAUUUUUACUCCUGAACUUUAGGCUUGCCGUACCAAAGGAGUUGAAAACUUGACAUUUCAUUUAUUUAUUUAUUAAUUUGUACAAAUUUCGAAAAAACACAAUUCCACUUUGACAUUAUGGGGUAUUGUGUGUAGGCUAGUGACACAACAUAUCAAUUUAAUCCAUUUUAAAAUCAAAGGCUAGUGACAAAUCUCUAAUUAAUUUUGGGCUAUAACAAUAAAAAGGUGGAAAAAAGUCAAGGGGUGUGAACACUUUUAUGAAGGUACUGCAUUUGCUUUUUAAAAGACAGUUUGACCCUUCACACACUUCUGAGUCUAGCGGAGUGGAGCUAAGCAUUCUUGUUGGAACCAUGCUGGACAGGACAAUGUCAAAGGGAAAUAUCUCAUCUAGUGUAGUGUGUAUUUAUCGGACUGGUAUUAUUUCAUUCUGCUUCUUCAGAGGAUCUCGUCUUGCCCUAACCCUGCGCUGGGUUCACUGUUCUCCACUAAAGAAACAGGUUCAAGAAGAGAGAAAAAAAAAGGCAAAUGUAUUUAUAUUAUUUCUCUUUUUUUUAUAUUCUUAGUACAAUUACUGUAUGUUGGGAAAUUACGCUUUUAUUGUGAAAUCAAUCAAAUUUCAAAUGUAUUUAUAUAGCCCUUCUUACAUCAGCUGAUAUCUCAAAGUGCUGUACAGAAACCCAGCCUAAAUGCCCAAACAGCAAGCAAUGCAGGUGUAGAAGCACAGUGGCUAGGAGAAACCUAGAGAGGAACCAGGCUCUGAGGGGUGGCCAGUGCUUUUCUGGCUGUGCCGGGUGGAGAUUAUAACAGAACAUGGCCAAGAUGUUCAAAUUUAACCAGCAGGGUCAAAUAAUAAUAAUCACACUGGUUGUCCAGGGUGACACAGGUCAGCACUUCAGGAGUAAAUGUCAGUUGGCUUUUCAUAGCCGAUCAUUAAGAGUAUCUCUACCACUCCUGCUGUCUCUAGAGAGUUGAAAACAGCAGUUCUGGGACAGGUAGAACGUCCGGUGAACAGGUCAGGGUUCCAUAGCCGCAGGCAGAUCAGUUGAAACUGGAGCAGCAGCACGGCCAGGUGGACUGGGGACAGCAAGAAGUCAUCAUGCCAGGUAGUCCUGAGGCAUGGUCCUAGGGCUCAGGUCUGGAGCAGCAGCACGGCCAGGUGGACUGGGGACAGCAAGAAGUCAUCAUGCCAGGUAGUCCUGAGGCAUGGUCCUAGGGCUCAGGUCCUCCGAGAGAGAGAGAAUUGGAGAGAGCAUGGAGGGUCCUUACCAUAGCACAGCUUUUGAUGAUCCUUGGUUGGGGUCUGAGCAGAUUAUUUGUUACGAUUGCAAACGUAAUAAAAUGGUGGUCCGAUAGUCCAGGAUUAUGAGGAAAAACAUUAAGAUCCACAACAUUUAUUCCACGGGACAAAACUCGGUCCAGAGUAUGACUGUGACAGUGAGUGGGUCCAGAGACAUGUUGGACAAAACCCACUGAGUUGAUGAUGGCUCCGAAAGCCUUUUGGAGUGAGUCUGAACUUUCCCAUGUGAAUAUUAAAGUUACCAAAAAUGUGAAUAUUAUCUGCCAUGACUACAAGGUCUGAUAGGAACUCAGUGAGGAAUGCUGUAUAUGGCCCAGGAGGCCUGUUUAACAGUAGAUAUAAAAAGUGAUUAAGUUGGCCGCAUAGAUUUCAUAACUAGAAGCUCAAAAGACAAAAACACCGGGGGGGGGGGGGUUUGUAAGUUGAAAUUUGCUAUCGUAAAUGUUAGCAACACCUCCGCCUUUGCGGGAUGCAUGGGGGAUCAAUGCUUAUUAUUUUGUUUUCAUUUUGUUUAAGUCGUUUUUCUUAUUCCACUGUUGUGUGUAUCCCCUUAUGAAGACCAAUCUCACACAUGGAGACGACAAGAUACUGUAUUGUGUAAUAGCAAAGCAGUCCUCUAUUGCAGGUGAACUGUCCUUUUUAUUAAGGCUACUCUCCUGUAGUAGAACCUCCCAACCUGAAGGCGGUGCUGUGGUGGUACAGGUCCUGGAUGCUAGAAUGUUCCGGCUUUCAAGUUAAUGGGGAUUCAAUUUCAGGUCAAGGCCAAAUAGGUAUCCUGUACAAAAUGUAAAUUAGAAUAAAAAUGGUUGUCCAAUCACACAACUCAUAAUAGUAAGUCGGACACGUGAAAGUAACCUCUGCUUCCUCUCCUUGUCCUCCCAUGUGUUUAGCCAAGUGCAAGGGGGUCAGAGGCGGACUGGCAAUAGAGCGAUUCAGGCCAAUGCCAGAUGGGCUAGUCCGUCUUUAGCCCAGGUGGCCUGGCUAAAUUGGGGUACAUCGUAGAAUAAUCAUAAUGGGUGCUAAAGCAAAAAUAUUUACCUGUGUGGGAGCUUCAAGGAAUUAAUGGGCCAGUGUGUUAAAUGCCAGGGCUGAAUGCUGGUCCCAGUCCGCCCCUGAAGGGGGGGUGUUUGUCAGAGUCCAGGUUCAGACUUAUAUCUACAGUUCCCGCCAUGUCUCCUGUCACCAGUAAAUAGAAUCAACUACAUUUAAAUUAAAACGGUUAAUAUAGCUCUCUGAAAUGACAAGUCCAAGACUGAAUGCCGUUUUUUUCAGUCGUUCUCCAAUAGUCUUCUGAAUUACUGUUUUGGCCGUUAAAGAAUUUUGUGCCUUUUUUGUUUCUGUAUUUUUUGGGGGGACCGACUGUUCUGUAAUUAAAAUGUAGUGUAUGAAGUUUUUUCUACUGUUUGUUGGAAUUUGUGUGUACACAGUUGAAGUCAGAAGUUUACAUACACCUGAGCCAAAUACAUUUAAGCUCAGUUUUUCACAAUUCCUGAAAUGUAAUCCUAGUCAAAGUUCCCUGUUUUAAGUCAGUUAGGAUCACCACUUUAUUUUAAGAAUGUGACAUGUCAGAAUAAUAGUAGAGAGAAUGAUUGAUUAUUAUUUCAGCUUUUAUUUAUUUCAUCACAUUCCCACUGGGUCAGAAGUUUACAUACACUCAAUUAGUAUUUGGUAGUAUUGCCUUUAAGUUGUUUAACUUGGGUCAAAUGUUUUGGGUAGCCUUCCACAAGCUUCCCACAAUAACUUGGAAGAAUUUUGUCUCAUUCCUCCUGACAGAGCUGGUGUAACUGAGUCAGGUUUGUAGGCCUCCUGACAGAGCUGGUGUAACUGAGUCAGGUUUGUAGGCCUCCUGACAGAGCUGGUGUAACUGAGUCAGGUUUGUAGGCCUCCUGACAGAGCUGGUGUAACUGAGUCAGGUUUGUAGGCCUCCUGACAGAGCUGGUGUAACUGAAUCAGGUUUGUAGGCCUCCUGGCAGAGCUGGUGUAACUGAGUCAGGUUUGUAAGCCUCGUUGCUGUCAGAAGCUUCUAAAGACACAACAUUUUCUGGAAUAUUCCAAGCUGUUUAAAGGCACCGUCAACCUCUGACCCACUGGAAUUGUGAUACAGUGAAAUAAUCUGUAAACAACUGUUGGAAAAAUUACUUGUCAUGCACAAAGUAGAUGUCCUAACUAUAGUUAACAAGAAAUUUGUGGAGUGGAGUGGUUGAAAAACGAGUUUUAAUGACUCCAACCUAAAUGUAUGUAAACUACCGACUUCAACUGUAUGUACACACACACACACAAUAAUAAAAUUAUAUCAAUGCGA